AUGGGCUAUGGAGGGGUGAACCAAAGGGCUAUAGAGGCUCGAGAAAGGAAAAUGGCAGCUGCUCUUGAAAAAAAGUUGAGAGAGCAAGAAAAACUUGAAGAUGAAAAGUGGGCUGAUAAUGAUAAGCACGCCAAUCGGAAACUAGAACGGAAAAGGGAAGCAAUACAAAAGCAUGAAGAAAAGAGCCAAAGGAAGGCAGAACUGAGAAAAAUUUAUGAAGAAGAAGAUUCCAAAGUGAUAUGCAACAAAGCAACUGUAUCUGGCCCCAAAAAGUUAACAAAAGCUGAAAUAGCUCAAAGAGCUCUUAAAUUUGCAAUGCAAAAGUCAAAAAGAGAAUAUAAAGAAUCUGAUAAUAUAGAUUUGCUAGUUGAAAAUCCAAAUCGCGUAGAACGCGAUAAGCAAAUUGAGGCGAAAGUGAGUGGUAUUGAUUACAUCUCAGCUUCUUCUUUAGAUGAUGCAUUAGCUAUACUUACAUUGGGAGAUAAAUCUUAUGUUGAUAAGCAUCCUGAAAAACGUAUGAAAGCAGCAUGGUUAACCUUUCUUGACAAUAAUAUGCCACAACUAAAGUCUGAGUUUCCAAAUUACAAACGUUCACAAUUGCUUCAAAUACUCCAGAGAAGGUGGAAAAAGGCUCCUGAAAAUCCCUGUAAUCAAUAA